AUGUCAUCCGCCGCUUUUGCCGACGCAGGUACCAAGGCUGUGGGCGCUGGCAAAUACGGAGAAGGAAUCGAGAAGUUAUCCCAGGCCCUCAAAGAACGCCCAGCACCUCUUUGGCUACUCGAGCGUUCCAAGGCGUAUUUACGAACUAAUAAACUCGACCUCGCCUUGCACGAUGCCGAGCAAGCUUUGCAAGUAGCCUUCUCGCGGGCCAAUCGGGAUUAUAUGGCCGAAGCUCAGAUUAGACGAGCUAUCACCCUCUUCCGUAUGGAUCGCUAUGCAGACGCUGAUAUCUGCGCCUUUUGGGCUAUCAGACUGCUCGAGCAAUCCAAGGCUACCGAAGAUGACGGCCAGCAGAACAAGGUUGACGAAAAUGGAGAUUAUGUCGUACGUGCUAGUGAAAUUAAGACUGCUGAGAAGUCGGAUAAGGACCGACAAAUCGCUGCUGCUAUGGGCGCUGGUACAGGUAGUUCGAAAACAAGCACCUUAAAAAAUCAGGCAACUUCUUGGCGUCUGCAAGCCUUGAGUAAGCUGGAGAACUUACCUGCUGGACAUCCCGGUUUGAAGGUGAACGUCUCGAAAUAUCCUAAGCCAUCCGAGUUGCGUUCUGCUGCAUCUGACGGACAUGAUACUAAAGCUAGUCCGGUACCCGCGAAAGAUCAAGGUCAAGAUGAAGAUGCAAAACGUGACGCCUGGGAGAAAGUCUGGAAACAAUUUUCGACUGCCUUCGUGUCAAAAAGUAUCAGGUCGAGCUUCUAUCAGACAGACACUACCAUCAAUGCCGACUUCUUCGUAAAGAACGUGCCUGCAGAUCGUUUCGACGUGUCUACCCAGCCUCAGAAAGUGGUUAUGGGACCAAUUUCAAAUACCGACUCUGGCUCUAACUCCCUCCAGCUCCAGCUCCACCUUUGGGGCAGGGUCAAGCCUGUUGAAACCAAACACACAGUUAAAUCGAUGAAAAUCGAGCUAGUCCUCAAAAAGGAAACGCCAGGCAAAUGGCCCAUGCUGCAGCGGGAGGAUUCCGAUGGAUUUACUAACAUUGCGGGGAACACUAAGGUGGCCCCAUCGUUCCAGAGAUUCUCCACCCUCAUUUCUCGACUGGGGUACAAUCAUCCCGAUGACCUCAAACUUCCAGAUGUUAGUCUCGACCUGGAUGCUUGGUACGAUGCUCUCUUGGGCAAGCUUGCAGCUAGUCUAGACGAUCACGAGACAUCUUCAGAGAUCCCGAAUGCUGCACCCGAGGCUGCAUCGUCUUCUACGAGCGCGAGCGCGAGCGGCGCCAUUCAGCCCAAAAGUAACCCCACGCAAGCUAGCGAUCCUGUGCUUAAGCCUACUCCAAAUGAUAGCAAGGCAUAUUCGACAAAGACCGUCGGUAGCGCCCAAGCCUACCCUACUUCUUCGAAGAAGGGAGCAGUGAAUUGGGAUCAGAUUGGUGAUGACGACGGGGGUGACGAAUCCAAAGAAGAUGCCGAUGUUAACUCGUUCUUCCAAAAGCUCUACAAGGAUGCGGACGAUGAUACGAGGCGUGCCAUGAUGAAGAGCUACGUCGAGAGCAACGGCACAUCUCUCAGCACAAGCUGGGCUGAGGCCAAGGGGAAGACGUACAAGACUCUACCACCCGACGGCGCCGAAGCCAAAAAGUGGGAUGAGUGA